AUUUCCAAGUGAGUAAACAGAAAAACAAAGCAAAGCGGCUAAACAGAUCGAAUUACACAGCCCUUUGAUAGUGAAAGUUUGACCUUGAAUUUAAACGCUUAUACUAAAUUAAGUGACAAUAAAUAAGCUAAAGAUGAAUGGAGGCAGAUGAUCGGAUGCUGACGUAGUUGGAUUCGCGUUGUGCCUCUUUUUUUUCUUGCCAAAUUUCAGUGAUCUCUUUGUGUUCGUGCCGUUUUUGUUCUUGUUUUUUUGGAAGGCGCGUGUCUAAUUGGAUAUCCGCAAUUACUGGAUAUUAAUUAAAUAUACAAACUACCACAGACAAUACACAGACAUGUCUAAGGACUCGGACGUUGAGCAGGCGGUGAAGGAAAUCAAAGUGGAGCCCGCCAUGGCGCAGGAGUCGCCUGCAGUGCCGGCAGCAGCUCCUGCUCCAGCUUCAGUUCCAGCCACAGUCUCUACCGCCACAACGGUGAUCGCUGUGACCAAUGGAGAAAAGCCAAUGGAAGUGACACCUGCAGCAGCAACAUCAGCAAUACCAGCAGCAGCAGCAGCAGCGACAGCAACAGCAGAACAAGUGCAACCAGCAACAACCAUUGGAGGCAUUGAAUUGGCAGCAACGGCAACAGGCAGCGGAAAGGCCAACAUGGACCCGGCGCUGAUCAACUUUAAGGUACUCUAUGUGCUCACCCAGCUGUGCGGUCUGACGAUGAUCGUCCUGGUGGGCACUUGGAUUGGCCAACAUUUUGGCGGCCUGGGCGGCACCGCCAAUCCCAAGCUAGAGUUCAACUGGCACCCGCUUUUCAUGACCAUUGGCUUUAUCUACUUGUAUGGAAACUCUAUACUGAUCUAUCGCGGCUUCCGCACCACGCGCAAGAAGACAUUGAAGCUUACCCACGCCGGCAUCCAUAUGGCCGCCUUCAUUCUCACGGUGAUUGCACUGAAGACGGUCUUCGAUUCGCACAACCUGGCCAGUCCGCCCAUUCCCAACAUGUAUUCGCUGCACUCGUGGCUGGGCCUGUCCGCGGUGAUCGUCUUCUCGCUGCAGUAUGUUGCCGGCUUUGUGGCCUUUCUGGCGCCUGGUCUGCGGGAGAACUACCGGAUUGCGAUGAUGCCAUUGCACAUUUAUUUUGGGCUUUUUGGCUUCGUUCUGGCCAUCGCCAGCGCCCUGAUGGGUCUCACCGAGAAGGCCAUCUUUGCCAUUACAAAUCCAGCGUACUCCACGCUGCCGCCUGCUGGUGUCCUGGCCAACGUAAUUGGCGUUCUGUACGUGGUCUUUGGAGCCUUGGUCGUCUACCUGGCCACGGAACCCUCCUACAAGCGUAAGCCCAUACCCGAGGAUACGGCUCUGCUGAACUCUAGCUCCGCCAAUGAGUAAGGAUCAUGCAACCGGGCCCCAAACCAGCUGCUUUGCGUACACAAGCUAAAAGAAAGGAACUGUGCACAAAACCAAACGAAACCGAAACCUGAUCACACGAAUGGUGCUUUUCGAUGAGGAAGGAAGUGGGAGAUGCGUGCUGUUUGUAUUCGUCGAGAUGCAUGUUUAAUCCGUAGCAAAUAUAUAACUUAAUGACUAUGUAUGGUUCUGAAUUAUCCACAUACGUAUACUUGGAUCACCAGUGGUGCAAAGAUUUCAGCGAGUGCUCAAAUCUAACUUUUAAGUAACUUAACCUCAUGCAGAACAUUUGCUUUGAACUGUAUCUAUGUUAUGUGUGUUAUGUCUAAAUAAAUAAAUCAAUAUUGAUACUA